ACUUGCUGGCAGAAUCCACAUUGAUUUUGCUGAUUCAUUCAGUAUUUUUGCAUUUUAACUGAAUUUUCCUCUUGCACUUUGGAGUUGCAGAAAUGCUCACAUGAAGAAGGCUGCAGCAAUGAUUUCCUCAGUUUUAUCAAAGAAAGUUGAACCAUGCAGUAACAGUUAGUGCUGUCAGAGAGUUCAUCAGCUAAAACAUCUGUAAACAACAAACAAGUGUCAGUCUGUCUUCAAACACAAUGCAUGUGGAAGCAAUCGUACUCCUCUCUGUUGUCUUCCUCGUUUGCAGUUUGGGCUCCACCCUGUGGUUUCUUUUUCCUUCAGGGAAGGGGAGGGCAGUGAUAGUGUGUGGGGGUGUAUCAAAGUUUGCUGGCCCGCCUGGUUACAUGUGAGUGCUGAGGGGGCGGAUAACAUUUAGACUGAAAGUCAUUCACUGACAUUCUCUAGGUGUGGUUUUCCAGGCUCUUCCAGACUCGUCAAUGUGAUCCAGGAACUGCCUGCUGACAAAAGUGGCCGAGCCGGUUAUUUUCAAAGAGCAUAAGAGAGUGGAGGUGAAGUCAGGCUGACAGAGAGAGACUGAGGACAUGGCAGAGAAAGCAGCUGAAGAAGCAGCUCCCACCUCCACACAGCAGCUGUGUGGCGUCUGCUCAGGUGCGCUGAGCGGAGACAAGCCGGCAGCCUGCGGUCACUCUGUCUGCAGCUCCUGUCUCGGGGACAAAAGUAAAGGAUGUCCCGAGGGUCAACAGAGCACCGACAAGCCUGAACCUGCCGACAGUCCCAAACAGAACGGAAUACAGGCUGAAGCUCCUGUGAACAAGAGCAAAGAGGACCAAAGUCAGGACUCCAAGACGGCAGAGAUCAAAAUCCAAGAGGAUCUAAAGGAGUCUGAGGACACAAAGAAACCUGAAGAGGAGAAGAAAGACACAGAACCACAGACAGCUGAAGAGGUGAAAAAUGGAGCGAAAGAGGAGGUUAAAGAAGAAGGAGUAAAGGAGGAACCUUUGGGCCCCGACGAUGUGGUGUGUGACUCGUGUAUCGAGAGCCCCCGCAGGGCCCUCAAGUCCUGCCUCACCUGCCUGGUGUCAUACUGCGAGGCCCACCUCCGGCCUCACCUGGAGAACCCAAAGUUUCAGAACCACCGGCUGGUGGAGCCGCUCAGAGACAUCGAGAGGAGGACCUGCGAGAGCCACAAGUGGCCCCUGGAGCUUUUCUGCUGCGCUGACGCCUGCUGCAUCUGUCAGGACUGUGUGACGGAGGACCACAGGGGCCACAACAUCAUACCUGUGGUGGAGGCUCGCAGACGAAUAGAGAAGGAACUCAGUGAGAAGCAGACUGAGACCGUGAAGACGGUGACAGCGGCAGAGAACGCCAUCAACAAACUUCAGCUCAACACAGUCUCUAUUGAGCAUUCGGUGACCGAGGUAAGAGUUGUGAUCGAGAGCCAGUUCGAGGAGCUGCAGGCGUUGGUGGAGAAGGCAAAGCGGGAGGUGACGGAGAUCCUGGAGGGCGAGCAGAAGCAGGCACUGAAGCAGGCCGAGGGCAUCCGGGUUCACCUGGAGCAGAGGUGCACAGAGCUGAAGAAGACCCAGGGGCGGAUAGAGAAGCUCUCCAGAAACAAAAACGACGUUGAUUUCUUACAGGAGUACUCAAAGUGGAAAAAAGAAGCCACUGAUAUUUCUCUGCCUGGGGUCUACAUCGGCCUGAUGGACCGUUUGAAAUCCUUCAGCCGCGUGAUCGUUGACUCCACGCAGGAGCUGCAUGCCAUGCUUGUGUCCUCAUACAUAGAGAAAAUCAAAGAGACAUGCAAGAACGACAAAAUGGGAAUAAAGACAACAGUUCAUGAAAUUGUUGCAGCAAAGCAGAACCUGUCUCUACCUGAUCCAGUGACACAUGCCGACUUCCUCAAGUAUGCCUCCCACGUGAGUUUUGACGCUGAUACGGCUCACAAGUUCCUGCGCCUGACAGAAGAAAACCGCAAGGUGACUAACACCACACCCUGGCAGCAUCCUUAUCCUGAUGUACCUGAGCGCUUUGAGAAGUGGCGCCAAGUUCUGGCAACAGACAGCUUCUAUCUGGGGCGACACUACUUUGAGGCAGACAUGAGCGGCGAGGGGACACACAUCGGUCUGACCUACAAGAGCAUCGACCGCAAGGGAAAUGAGAGCAACAGCUGCAUCACAGGAAACGACUUCUCCUGGUGUCUUCAGUGGAACGGCCGCACCUUCUCCGCCUGGCACAGCAACGUGGAGACCCCUCUCAGUGCGGAGAAGUUCACUCGUAUCGGGGUUUAUGUGGACUACACGCGAGGCUCGCUGGCUUUCUACGGGGUGGAUGACACCAUGACGCUCAUCCACCAGUAUAAGACAGAGUUCCUGGAGCCUCUUUACCCGGCUUUCUUGUUGCCCAAGAAGGAGAAUAUCGUGGUCUUGGUGGCACCAGGGGAGCCAUCACGGCUGAAAAGCCCCUCUCCUCCUACCUCACCUGCAAAUGGAGCUGUUGUUUCAAAAAUGGCAGCAUAGCAAUGAUCAGAAGUCAAUUUUAGUAAUAAUAUAAGUGACAAUUCAAAAACUUGUUCAUGUACUGUUGCAUAAAUAUCUCCCAACCAUAGACUUAUUAUCUGAAAAUACGAAAAGCCAUAAUAAACCUGUUUACAGCAGCCACUUCUUUUGUUAAACUGCUAAAUUGUGAAUGUUUUUCUCAUGUUUAGUAGCCUGUAUCUGAGCUUUGGGGCUUUUCAUCACACUGUGAAGUCCGAAGGGUCCUGUAUUUUCUGUAUGCAAAUAAACAUUUGCAUCUUCAUUUACGAGUAAAAA